UAUGCAUGCAAACAUUGAAUACCGACUCUCGUCUCUUCAUCUUCACCGUCUCAAAUCGAAGAGAUGGAGAGAGAAAUCCACUCAUUUCAAAUGUUGGAAACUGUUCAAUUACCUCGGAAUAAGUGAUUCACGUAUAUCAGCAGCAAAAUACAAUCAAUACAAGCUCAAAUUCUUCAAACCAAUCCGCCUCUGCACUCUCUUCAGCUCACAGAAAAUCUCAAUUCAUCAUCUGCUCCCUAUUUUCGCAAUGGGUGGUUAUCGUCCCCCCUUCGCCGACUGCGUCGAAGUCCCUCCUCUCAUCGCUAGAACCGUCGUUUUAGUCGGGAAAAUGGGAAACGGCAAAAGCGCCACGGCCAACCGCCUCAUUGGCCGCCAGGUGUUCGAAUCAAUGCCUAGCUUAGGCGCCGUCACUUCCAGCUGUAAACUGGAAACCACCGACUUAGGCGAAGGUCGAAUUCUCAACGUUGUCGAUACUCCUGGUUUAUUUGAUUCAUCUGUUGAACCUAAAGUCAUGGCCAAUGAGAUUGCUCAAUGCAUCAACUUAGCCAAGGAUGGCAUUCACGCCGUUCUUCUAGUGCUGUCGUUGAGAAACCGUUUUUCUGAAGAAGAGGCGUUGGCAUUUGAUAGCAUUUGCAAAAUCUUUGGUGGCAAAAUUCAGGAUUACAUGAUUAUUGUAUUUACAAAUGGUGAUAUUCUGAGAAGCAAAAAUCUCACUCUUGAUGCUUUCUUAGCUUGUAAUUGCCCUGAGCAAUUAAAGAAUACUAUAGCAAUAUGUGGGAAUAGGGUUGCUUUAUUUGAUAAUGUUAGUGGAGAUGAAGGUAAGAUUUUUGCGCAGAGGGAGGAGCUUCUCUCUCUUGUGGAGGAUGUUGUUGAGGAGAAUGGUGGGAAGCCGUAUACUAACGAAUUAUUCGAUGAACUGACUAAGGGAGGAAUGGACACGACUGAACAAGCUAUGGAAUUCGGUUUUGCAAGUAAAUCUGUGUCUUUGUAUGAAGCGAAGUUUGAGCGGCUCAUCCAGAUGGUUGAGAUGAGGCUAAGGGAGUGCAUUUUGAGGCUUGAGAAGCAGCUGGCUGAGGAGAGGGCUCUUCGGGCGGAGGCAGAGGAGAAGGCGCUGGCAGCACAGAUUCGAGCACGAGACGAGAUGUUCGAACUAAGAGAGCGUCUGGGCCGAGCUGAGGCAUUUGGCGGUGAGCUCCAACACAAGAUCAACAGCAAGCAGGGAGGAUUUUGUGCUCUCGUCAAAAUGAGCAACGGCGAUUCAUCCUCCGCUAGAACCAUUGUCUUACUCGGAAAAAUGGGCAACGGAAAGAGCGCAACCGCCAACAGCCUCCUUGGCCACGACGUGUUUGAAUCAAUGCCUAGCUUAGGUGGCGUCACCUCCACCUGCAAGCUCCACACAGCCGUCCUCCAAAAUGGACGCAUUCUCAACGUCAUUGAUACCCCUGGAUUGUUUGAUCCUGCUGUUCAAUCAAACUCCAUGGCCAACGAGAUUGCCCAAUGUAUCAAUCUCGCCGGAGACGGAAUCCACUCUGUGCUGUUCGUUCUCUCACUCAGAAAUCGCUUUUCUGAAGAGGAAGCCUCGGCUUUUGAAUUCCUCUGCCAAAUAUUUGGUAGCAAAAUUGCAGAUUACAUGAUUGUUGUUUUCACUAAUGGCGAUGCUCUGAUGAAAACGACUUUGGAUCAAUACUUGUCAAAAAAUUGCCCUGAACAGUUGAAGAAUACACUGAAAAUGUGUGGGAAUAGAACUAUUGUGUUUAAUAAUUGGACUGAAGAUGGAGAGAAGAUUUGUAGGCAGAGGGAGAAACUUCUCUCUCUUGUUGAUUCUGUUGUGGAGGACAAUGGCGGUUGUCCAUACACCAAUGAACUCUUCCAACAAAUCAAGAAAGAUCAGAUUGAUGAAGCUGCUGAGAUUAUUGUUGGUGGAGAGCAGUAUGAUCUUUUGGUUGAAAAAAUUGAGGCUCGGAUGAAGGAGAGCAUCUCAAAACUGGAGACGGUGUUGGCUAAGGAGAGUGCUGCUCGAGCGAAGGCACAUCAGAAGUCACUGAAACUUCAGGCGAAGGCGGAACAUGAGUUGCACGAGCUGAGAGAGCGCCUGAGCAGGGCUGACCAUUGGAGCCGGGAGCUUCAGGAGGAGCUUAAUCGCAAGCCUAAUUGUAUCGUAAUGUGAUCUAAUUAUGUGAUUGAAAGAAAGAACUCUAUGUUUUGAUUUUUGCUAUGUUAUGUAGUGUUGUCUUGUUUUUUGUUUUCA